AUGUUCAAUGUUUCAUUUUAACUUUAACAUAUGCAUCUAGGCCGGCCUGUUUGGAUAUCUUGUUUGGAAUUAUUAUUAAGUGUUGGCAUUUGCAAGAGCAGAGAGUACCAAACACAAUGGAGAGCAAGAAGAAUAGGAUUCUUAUAUUUGGGGGAACUGGUUACAUAGGCAAAUAUAUGGUGAAGGCUAGCAUCUCUUUAGGUUAUCCAACUUUGGUCUACACUCGCCCCCUUAAUUCCCAAACUCCUCCCUCUAAAACACAAAUUUGUGAGGAAUUCAACUCCAUGGGAGUCACGCUUAUCCAGGGAGAACUUGAGCAUGACCAGAUUGUAAAAGCGAUUAAACAAGUAGACAUUGUGAUAUGUACGCUGCCAUACCCCCAAGUGUUGGAGCAACUCAAAAUUAUUGAUGCUAUCAAUGUUGCUGGCAAUAUAAAGAGAUUCCUUCCAUCAGAUUUUGGAGCGGAAGAAGAUAGAAUAAAACCGCUUCCUCCGUUCCAAGCUGUCCUUGAUAAGAAAAGGAAAAUUAGAAGGGAAAUUGAAGCAAAUGGGAUACCUUUCACUUUUGUCUCUGCAAAUUGUUGCGGUGCAUAUUUUGUGAAUUAUUUGCUUCGUCCAUUUGAGAAAGUGAAGGAUAUCGCUGUCUAUGGCAACGGUGAAACUAAAGCCGUACUAAAUUAUGAAGAAGAUGUGGCUAUGUACACCAUCAAAGUAGCAAAUGAUCCAAGAACAUGCAAUCGCGUCGUUGUCUACCGGCCCUCCAAAAAUAUCAUAACACAAAAUGAGUUGAUAUCGUUGUGGGAGCAUAAAACUGGUCAGAAUUUUCACAAAACUUUUGUGUCAGAGGUGGAGCUUGUCAAGCUAUCACAGACCUUACCCCCUCCAGAGAAUAUACCAGUUUCAAUCCUUCAUAGUAUAUUUGUUAGAGGGGACCUCAUGAACUUUGAGCUAGGGGAAUAUGAGCUUCGCAGCUAUAUCCUGAUUAUAACUACAAAUCUGUUGAUCAACUUCUAGAUAUAUUUCUUGUUGACCCUCCAGCACCCGCAUCUGCUGCUUUUGGAUGAACCUGUUUUAUUUUUUAUAUUUUUAGUUGAUUGGAUGAAUCUAUUUUACGCUGGGCAUGCAGUGAACCUUACAAGUAAAGUAGGUAUCUUCCGAGGACAGUUAAGUAAUUUUAGAUAACAUAAACUAUAUUAUCUUUGGAUAAGAUUUUAGUCCGAUCAAGCUACAGAAAUAGCAACUAAAUAAGUU